UAGUCCCUCUUUUUAUAUUUUGCGCAGCAGCACACAAUAAUCCACCACCAACCUCUUUCGUAACCACCAUGGAGGCGCCGCCGCAACCUCCAACACCUUCCGCUGCUCCGCCGCUAUCAUCAGUUGCUCCGCCGCCUCAACCACCGCCUCAUCUCAAUUACGCUGACUCCGUGGACUCCUCCCCCCGCUCUCGCAACACCGACUCAUGGGACGACCCCUUCCCUCCGACGUCAAAGCUCCGUCUCAUGUGCAGCUACGGCGGCCACAUCGUCCCCCGCCCUCACGACAAGUCUCUCUGCUACGUCGGCGGCGAUACCCGCAUAGUGGUUGUUGAACGCGCCACCUCACUCGCUGACAUCUCCACGCGCCUCUCCAAAACGUUCCUCGACGGAAGACCCUUCACUCUGAAGUACCAGCUUCCGAACGAAGACCUCGAUUCUCUCAUCUCCGUCACCACCGACGAGGACCUCGAGAAUAUGAUCGAUGAGUACGAUCGAACCACCACCACCACCGCGUCCUCCAUCAAACCCUCGCGAAUUCGCCUCUUUCUGUUUCCGACGAAGCCUGAGUCCGCUCACUCUAUCCCGCCGCAAAUCCUCGAUUCGUCGGCGAAGUCCGACGACUGGUUCCUCGACGCGCUUAACGGCGCUGGAUUGCUCAACCGUGGAUUCUCCGAUUCCGCUUCUGUUAACUGCCUUUUGGGACUCGACGACGUCGUCGCCGGAAACAACAACAACAUCGAGCAAGGUGGUAGGGAAGGUGUGGAGGCUGGUGGUGGUGGUGGUGGUGGUGCUUCGCUGCCUGGAUCUUUUGCGAAUUGCAAGAAUUCGAAGCAGGAUGUUUCGUCUGUGCCGGAUUCGCCUAUGCUGGAGACUUCAUCGUCUUUUGGGUCUACUUCCUCGUCGCCGGCGCUGGCCAAUUUGCCGCCGAUUCGGACCCAUGCUGAGGACGGUGGUGGUGGUGGGGUUAGGGUGCAGCAGCAGGAUCAGAAGGUGCUGGGGAUUGAGGAGCAGUUUGCUCAGUUGGGUGUUGCUGCUGGUGUUGGUGUUGGACAGAAGCAGGAUGAGGGGUUUGUUGUGAUCACUUCUCCUCCGCCGCCUCCUGUGCCGACGACUCUCUCCGCCCCGGCUAUGGGUGUGCCGAUCAAUUCUGCGGUGGUUUCCGGUGAUUACCAGAACCGGGUCUUCUCCGAUGAUGAGAGAUCGGAUCAUGGGGUGCCUGUGGGAUAUAGAAAACCACCCACACCAACACCACAGCAACAGGCACAGCAACAAUUACAUACACAGACUCAGUCACAGUCACAUCCUGCUCAAUUUCAACAGAGGUCAAGUGGCGGCACUGAUUUGCCUUCUCCUGAUUCAGUUUCAAGUGAUAGUAGUCUUGCGAAUGCAAUGUCGCGUCAAAAGCCUGUGAUCUAUCAAGAGCAAGUUCUGAUUCAAUCUGGAACUACAAGGGUUCCUACUCAUAGUAACCCUGUGGAUCCAAAACUUAAUGUGUCUGAUCCACAAAGUCGGAUCCAGGUGCAGCAGCAUCAUGAGCAAGGAUAUUUGUUGCAACAGCAAUUUGAUCAGCAACAGCAUUUGUUGCAACAGCAAUUCGAUCAGCAACAACACCAGCAGCAACAACACCAGCAACAACAACACCAGCAACAACAACACCAGCAACAACAACAGCAGCAGCAGCAGCAGCAGUAUAUACAUGGCACACAAUUCAUUCAUCAUAAUCCUGCAAAUGCAAUUCCUGCAUAUUAUCCUGUAUAUCCUUCCCAGCAACAGACUCAUCCCCAGCAUGCCCAAGUUUACUAUGUACCUGCAAGACAAGCCCAAGCUUACAACUUGUCUAUGCAGCAGGCUAAUAUGGGUGAAUCUGGAAAACCGCAAACUCCUCCAAAUCCUACUACAUUGGUUCCUCAAACUGCAGCUUACAACAACCCCAUGAGAAAUGCUCCUUUACCUAAAACUGAAAUGACAGCAGCAGGUUACAGAACUGCAACUGGAGGUAGCCCUCAAUUAGUUCAGGUUCCCGCAAAUCAGCUUCAGCAUCAGCAGCAAUAUGUGACUUACUCCCAAAUCCAUCAUCCAUCUCAGUCCAUAGCCCCAAAUUCUGCUCCACCGGCUAAUUAUGCUUAUGAUUAUGUGGAUCCUGCUCAUGCUCAAAUAUACUACUCUCAACCUCUGGCGCCCACAAUGCCUUCACAGUAUCAGACCAUGACGGCUGCUGCUAUGGUGCUGCCGGAAGGUUCUUCUGCUCAGCUUCCCUCUGAUGGCAUGAAGCAGCAGACAAGACCCUCAUAGCCAUUAUAAUUUAUAAACUAGUCCUACAAAAAAGAAACAAUUUUGAAGAAUUUGGUUUGCUUUUCCAUUUUAAGUUUUUAUGUGUAGUUCCUGUCUGUCAUGUUUGGUACCUAUUUGCAGUAUGUUAUUUGCCAUAGAAAAUAAAAGAAAAAACUGUGAUCAUCUUUGUACUCUUUCUUUGUGUGUCAUAAUUUUAUAGGAAAGGAAAUUGGUCCGAGGUUAUUUUUAUUAUACUGUAAAAUUUCAUGUCUGAAACCUUGUAUUUGUGAAGUUCAAUUAUCGAUUCCUGAAUUGGUUGUCAUAUA